CGCUUUUCUUUCUACCUUGUUUAUCUUCUUUUUUGCGAACACUCAUCGUUUGUCUCUCGCUUUCUAAUUAUCGUGCUUCCAUGGACCAAUACUCUCCGCAAUCACCCAAUGGUCUCUACGUCGAAGCUAUUUUUAAGUCCCCCAUCGCGUCCCCCCCGAGAUCUCCUAUGGUGAAACCUACGAGGACAGUGGCUAUCAUUAAACCCCAUGCUCUCGAGCGCAGGUUCGACAUCGAAAACAGGAUUACAGCGGCUGGCUUCGAGAUCGUGAAGGAACGUCAGAUGGAGUUCGACGUCGAGAGUGACCCUGAUACACUGUUCGAGUUGUUUGGAGAGGACGCGAACUCGUUUGCUGAGGGCGCUGUAUGGGUCUACGUCCUUGAGCGCCGCCGUGCCAUUGAAGUCUGGAAUACCAUCAUGGGUGACCCCGAUCCUGAAACAGCGCGUGCGACCUCCGCAACUUCGCUCCGAGCCCUAUACGGCAUCUCCAAAGAACAGAACGCGGUGAUGGGUUCUCCCGACGGCCAAACCGCCGAAGUGCAGAUCGCGUCCCUCUUCGCGUCUUCACCUCCCUUCCCCGCGACAGAACUCCCUGAUCACCUCGUCUCACCUAUCGACGGCGGUUCCAUGCGCUCUGUGUCCUCAUCUGUUCUUUCCGCACUGCGCCGGACCAGCGACGACAUGUCGCGGUCACAGGUGCACGGCGGGAGCAGUGGAGGCAGACGCACCUCAAACGAAGGCAUGUCCACACCAAGCUUCAAGGCGCGCCCGAUCCCCGCUUCGCACGUGACGCCCACGAUCGCACCCCGCACAACCCGCGCAGCCAACCUCCGCGCGGGCAUCGUCCCCGAGUCCCCGGAGCGCACGCGCGGGCCGCGCGUUGCCCCGAGUAAAGAGAAGCUCGCGCAGAUGUUUGUCAACGUCCCUGGGCACAAGCGCUCGGAUACCAUCGCGGUCGCCUCCACCGCCCCUCCCGUCGUCGCGCCCCGCAUGACACGAGCAGCAUCCCUGCGCCUCGGACAGACACCCGUCACGCCUCCGCGUCCGAGGCCCAGUGUGGACACUGGACGAGAAAAGAUGUUCGAGGGCGUCCCGGGCCAUAAGCGGAGGGAGUCGAUCUCGGUCGCAAGCACGAAGGCGCCAACGGUCACGCCGAGGCUGAACAAGAGCGCAGCAUUGCGCGUGCAGAAGGAGAAGGAGAAAGAAGCGACUCCGCCUUCUUCGUUUAACUUCCGCUCACCACAGAGAGCGCCAGCAUCGCUCUCGCGUUCAUCUUCGCGCAGCCAGCUCACCCCUUCUCGUCCUGCCUCGGCUCAGUCAAUCUCGUCAUCCGCCCUUCGCUCAACGUCCAAUACGAAUGGUGCGAAACUCACCGCUCCCUCCCCUGCGCCGCCAACUCCCGAGAAGCCUAAGAAACCACGCCCUUCGAGCCUGCAGGCGCCCGUCAUGGCGCCGCGCCAAAACAGGAGCGCAAUGCUUCGCGCGGCCAAGAUGAACGCCGCUCCAACUCCAUCACCAGCUGUGAACGGCAAGGCGAGCACGAUCAAGCCCAAGGUGGCCUCCAAGGCAGUUUCGAAGACUGUCACGGUCUAGUCACUGGCGAUGGAUCGCGUUGAGCUUUCGCCCUCUGAGUAUAAGAUACCCCCUCCAUGCGACUGGGCGCGGCUGAAGUUCCGAAAAUGAUAAUCGUGAGCAGACAUAUGACGUUUGACAGAAGCUAUUGAGACUUCCCCGCGCUGGCGCUCUUCGUUUGUGUUUUACUGCAUUAUUCUUACUAUAUGAGCAAUUGGUCAAUGUCUGUUUAUAUCUUUUGGUUGGUGGGUCCGAUCUCGUUCACGAGUUCUUAGUGAUUAUGUCCAGGAUAUACACACGUGCGCACUUCCCCGUGAUAUACGGUUCUAGUUCUUGCUUGCUUCGUUUAUGCAACUCUCCGCUCUUUCCGUGUAUGCUUUUGUAACAUUUUGACCUAUAUGUCUGUCGAACCCGAGACUCACAGACUGAUGAAUGAAUGAUGUAUCAGAACCUAGGUAUGCUGUUGCCUUACUUGCUUCUCAUGGGCCUGUUUUACAGUACACUAUAGAUACACGCAGUUCCAUG